GGCCCCCAUACCCCUACCCCACCCCACCCUACCCACCUACCUCACUCCUCACUAACUGUUCGAGAGAGUGUCAGGCAGGCAGGCAGGUAGACUGCAGCUGAAUCCCCCAAAAAUGGUGUCAGUCGUCUCCAGAUGCACCGUCUUCCCUGCUCAGAAAUCUGCUCUGCCUGACCUCAAGCUUUCCGUUUCCGACCUUCCGAUGCUGUCAUGUCACUACAUUCAGAAAGGCUGCUUGUUCCUUCAUCCCCACUUUCCAGUCCCGGAGAUGCUCUCUCAUCUCAAGCACAGCCUAUCCAUAGCGCUGCUGCAUUUCCCGCCGCUCGCCGGACGCCUCGUCACCGACUCCGCUGGGUACGUUUACAUCACCUGCAACGACGCCGGCGUUGAUUUUAUUCACGCCGACGGGUCUCACCUUCUCGCCGGCGAUUUGGACAUUCCGGCGGGGCUCAAGGGUUUCUUCGCCUGUGACUAUUUGGUGAGCUACCAAGGGCAUUUUAGGCCGCUGUUAGCUGUGCAGGUAACGGCGUUAGCUGACGGCGUUUUUAUCGGCUGCACCGUGAAUCACGCCGUCACCGACGGGACGUCGUUCUGGAACUUCUUUAAUACGUUUGCGGAGGUCAGCCGCGGCGGGAAUUGGAUUUCGAGGUCGCCGGAUUUCAGCCGCGACUCCGUUCUGAUUUCGCCGGCGGUGCUGAAACUCCCCGACGGUGGCCCGACGGUCACCUUCGACGUCGACGCGCCGCUGAAGGAGAGGAUCUUCGGCUUCAGCCGCGACUCGAUCCGACGGCUGAAAGCCGAGGUUAAUUACGGGUGCGGAAAAUCGGAUGGCGGCGCCGGCGCCGGCGCGAUCGACUUGGUGGAGCUGAUGGGGAAGCACAGCCACGACACGCGCGGGAAAUCGACGGCUGAGAUUUCAUCAUUCCAAUCGCUAUGCGCGUUACUAUGGCGGGGAAUCACGCGCGCGCGUGACCUGCCGUCCUCCAAAACGACGACGUUUCGGAUGGCGGUGAACUGCCGCCACCGGCUGGAGCCGAAGCUUAACCCGCUGUACUUCGGAAACGCGAUCCAGAGCAUUCCGACGUACGCGACUGCGGGGAACGUCCUCAGCCAGGACCUCCGGUGGUGCGCGGCGGAGCUCCACAAAAACGUGGUGGCGCACGACGGCGCCACCGUCCGGAAAUACGUGGCGGCGUGGGAGCGGGACCCACGGUGCUUCCCGCUGGGCAAUUUCGACGGCGCGAUGAUCACGAUGGGCAGCUCGCCGAGGUUUCCGAUGUACGACAACGAUUUCGGGUGGGGAAAACCGGCGGCGGUCGGGAGCGGACCGGCGAAUAAAUUCGACGGCAAGAUUUCUGCGUUUCCCGGUCGAGGGGGGAAUGGGAGUGUCGAUUUGGAGGUGGUGUUGGAUCCGAAUACGAUGGCGGGUCUGGAGUCCGACCCGGAAUUUAUGGGAUAUGUGUCGGGAUAAUAGUAGGAAUAAUUAAUUAAUUUUAAUUUGUUUUUUGGGGUCUUUCUGGGCGGGUAUGUGUUAUUUUAUUAUUUUAAUGGUUUUAUUGUUUGUUUAUUCGUUUUGGUAAUUGAAAAUGUGUUUCUUUUAGCUUUUUAUUUUAAAUUGUUACUGGUCAAUAAUUACGUUAUUC